GGUCUCUCGAUUUCGUUCCAAGUCUGGCUAGAGGCUGCUGCUAGUCUGAACACUCUCGGUUCCAUGCUUGUUGACUAUAUGACUGUGGCUAUAGAUACUUUUGUGACUGCUUCCCUGUGUUUUAUUAGUUAGUUCAGUUCGCAUAUCAUUUAGAUCCAGAUACAAAGCAGAUUUUCUCUCGGCUUUAUGUCGUUGUUAGAUUGCGAGCUAUACGGCUUGUUGCUUGGAUAUUAAGAUCGAGCAUUUCAAUAUCUUUACUUAAGCAGCUCAAAACUAGAUCAGCCGCGGUGCGCGAUCCGCGAAGCUUUGCGCUCUCUCUCGCGAAAAUCAAUUCAGAUAUUUGCGUUUUUCGGGGAAAAAAAGUUCGCGUAUGCGAAAAUUUUACAGAUUUUCCAUUUGAUUCGUACGAUUUUGAAAAUGAAAUUGUUCUACCCAGGACUAUGGUUGCUGCUAAUAUACUCUUGUGUUUUUGGAGCCUCACCAGAUGGAAGUUGUGGACCGAAAUUUCAAAACAAAUGUUCUUGCGGUGAAGUUGACUACGAAGGACACAAACAGUACGUCGUGAACUGCACAAAUACAGGAUUCCGAGACACGAGCGUUUUAGAGUUUAUGCCUGAGGAAACACAAGUUUUAAUUUUCACUGGCAAUUUCAUCCCCGAGUUACCAUGGAACGUGUUUGGAUCGAUCAACGACUAUAGUACGCUUACAAUAGUAGACAUGAGCAAUAAUCAUAUACGUGAGAUAAGAGGGAAAUCCUAUCAUCACGUGCAGAAUGUCCGCAGGCUGAUUUUGAAUCACAAUAACUUGAGCAUAUCCAGAGAUGACGAUGAAGUGAAUCAUCAUCACCCACGGGUUUUCUCUAAUUUCAUCAACUUGGAAUCGUUGCAUUUAACGAAUGCAUUUGCAGAUAAUACUUCAGCUGAACUGAGUGAAGAUUUGCAUGAUAUCUUCAUGAACAGUAAUUUAACGAAGUUGCAGAAACUGCAUUUAGAGCAAAACGAAAUUUCACAUUUUCAGGACAGGAAGGUGUUUUGUGACCUUCCUAGUUUGCGUGACCUUCAUUUGGGUGACAAUCUUUUAAAGGAAAUCAAUUUUAACGUGACUUGUAUGAAAAAUCUGAGAUUUUUGGAUUUUGAACGGAAUAAGUUCGAUAACGUCAAGGUAAAAGAUAUGGCCUUACUGGAUGCGCUAGAAAGGCGGCCCGGUCGGACUGACCUACUCGUCGUAGAUUUCGGUCUGAAUCCAUUUGUUUGCGAUUGCAAUAUUGUGCCUUUCCAAAAAUGGCUUCUCCAUACGCUGGUAACAGUUCGAAAUAAGGAAUCUCUAAUGUGCUCGCAGAGCAACGACCGGAUAAUUGACCUGGAAGCCCCCGUAUGUGACGUAAAGGCGCUUCCAACAGUGGAAGAAGUAGCAAGUGCCACCCACACCGCAAUUUUAGUUUUCCUACUCAUUGUUCUCAGCUUCAUCUUGCUCGCAUUGCUUGUGGUCCUUGCUUAUAUGAGCCGAGAAAAGAUCAAGCACGUUAUGACGCCCGUUUUGGAUAAUGUCUCCAAAAAGGUCCAUUACACAACAAUAAAAGACGAAGAGUGUCCUGAAGUUCAUGUCUAGAAUCUAAUUUCAUCAUGCAAAUAACUAGCUUUAUCCAAUUGCAGACAUUUUGUAAUUAAGUAUUUAGACUAGGAAAACUAAAUUUAUAAACAAAACAGCUACAAUAUUGUUUAGACAAAAAAUUUGCGAAAACGAAGAAAAAACUGUGAUUUAAGUUAACUUUAUCGAUUAAGGCAAUUUUAUAUAUUCAAAAAAAGCAAACAAUUAUCAUUAACACAUUUUUUAAUCAAUAUCGUUUUCAUAAUUUAAUAAAAAUAAUUGUAUUAAAAA